AUGGCGGCGCAAGCGGCUGACGCUCUUGCAAAUCUGAAGGUGAAAGACCCAGAAGCAGUGGCAACAUCUGCGGCAGCGGCCAAACCCAACGGUAACGAUACCAAAGCCGAAGCAGAAGAUUCUGACGAAGAGGAGGACGAAAAGGCACCAGCGGAAGGAGGGGCAGAUGGGGCCGCCAAGAAGAAGAGGAAGCGGAAGAGGAAGCCCAAGUCCAAGUCGGCUGGAGCGCUUCCUACUAAGCAAACCUCUCCACCUCGAGUGCUGCUUUCAAACUUAUUCCCCAACAACGAGUAUCCUGUCGGUGAAGAGGUGGAAUACCGGGAUGAAAAUCUGUACCGGACGACAGACGAAGAGAAACGAGCCCUGGAUCGGAUGAACAAUGAUUUCCUGCAGGAAUAUAGAUAUGCGGCGGAAGUUCAUAGACAGGUCCGGCACUGGGCUCACGAGAAUAUCAAGCCCGGCCAGACUUUGACGGAAAUCGCAGAAGGCAUUGAAGAUAGUGUCAGAGCUCUGACUGGCCACCCAGGUCUGGAAGAGGGCGACAACAUAAAGGGGGGUGUUGCGUUCCCAACGGGCGUUAACCUGGAUCAUAUUGCCGCACAUUACAGCCCGAACGCCGGGAACAAGACGAUCCUGACGAAAGACAAUGUCAUGAAGGUUGAUUUCGGGGUACACAUCAAUGGAAGAAUCGUUGACAGUGCCUUCACCGUGUCAUUUGACCCGAUGUACGAUAACCUUCUUACGGCCGUCAAAGAAGCUACAAAUACCGGCAUCAAGGAAGCCGGAAUCGAUGCUAGACUGGGUGAGAUUGGUGAGCGGAUCCAGGAAACUAUGGAGAGUUAUGAGGUCGAAAUUAGAGGGGAGACUUUCCCUGUUAAGUGCAUUCGAAACUUGAACGGCCAUGAUAUUAGGCAACAUCAGAUCCACGGCGGGAAGAGUGUUCCGAUUGUGAAGAGCAAUGAUCAGACAAAGAUGGAGGAAGGAGAGGUCUUCGCCAUUGAGACCUUUGGAAGUACUGGAAAUGGAUACGUUCGAGAUGAUUUGGAAACAUCUCAUUACGCAAAGCGGAUAGACGCCCCUAACGUCCCAUUGCGAAUUGCAUCUGCGAGCAAGCUUCUCAAUGUCAUCAACAAGAACUUUGGCACACUGCCAUUCUGCAGAAGAUACUUGGAUCGCCUGGGUCAGGAAAAAUACCUGCUGGGUUUGAACAACUUGGUGUCGAGCGGCAUUGUAGAAGCCUACCCACCCUUAGUCGACAAAAAGGGAUCCUAUACCGCACAGUUCGAGCACGCACGUUUCCCCAUGAUGCCAGCUUCGACGUCCACGGUCACUACUUCACGGGAGGGCAAGGACGAGAGUUCAGCCCGGCUACGAGCCCCCCCUGAAGACGAGGCCGCCGAGACAGCCCCUCCAUUAGAAGUCAAAGAGCAUGAUUUCUUCUGGACCUAUACUGAAGAGCCGCACCGAACACGCAGACAAGCAAUCAUCAAAGCCCAUCCCGAGGUAACGAAACUCUGCGGACCAGAACCACUCACCAAAUAUGUCGUCCUCUUCGUCGUCUCCCUGCAAAUUACCUGCGCCUAUCUUCUUCGCAACACCCCUUUCCUUUCAUGGAAGUUCUUUCUGACGGCAUAUGUUGUUGGUGCAACGGCCAACCAAAAUCUGUUCUUGGCGAUACAUGAGAUAAGUCAUAAUUUGGCGUUCAAAUCUGGGAACGCGAAUCGCGCCCUUGCAGUCUUUGCGAACCUACCGAUUGGGAUUCCAUAUAGUGCUUCAUUUAGACCAUACCAUCUAACGCACCACAAAUCCCUCGGCGUCGAUGGGCUCGACACUGACCUUCCCACCGCCUUCGAAGCCAUAUUUCUCGACUCGAUCCUCGGAAAGGCCUUUUUCUGCACCUUCCAGAUCCUGUUCUACGCGCUGCGACCCGUCUGCGUCUACAAGGUCCCAUUCACCAGCAUCCAUUUCAUCAACAUCGGCGCGCAGGUCCUCUUCGACUACGUGCUCGUCAAGCUCGGCAGUGCGAAUUCCCUCUACUAUCUGAUCCUCUGCUCCUUCCUCGCCGGCUCGCUGCAUCCCACCGCCGGCCACUUCAUCGCCGAGCACUACGUCUUCGAGCGCCAGCCGGCCACGGCCAAGGACCCGCUCACCCGGACCCAGGUCCCGGAAACCUUCUCCUACUACGGCCCGCUGAACUUCUUCACGUAUAACGUGGGUCUGCAUAACGAGCACCACGACUUCCCCGCCGUGCCGUGGACGAGGCUGCCCAAGGUGCACGAGAUCGCGAAGGAGUUCUAUGCUGAUCUGCCUAGGCAUGAUAGCUGGGUGCAUGUGAUUUGGCAGUUUAUCUGGGAUAAGGAGGUCGGUAUGACGUGUAGGGUUAAGCGGAAGGAGGGCGGGAGGAAGGUUGGUGGGUGGACGCAGGAAGAAGUCCAGGCUUAG